ACUGGGCUUACUGGUAUGGCACUGGGGAGGCACGGGGCUUACUGGGGAGGCCCUGGGGUUGCUGGCGGGGGGGUUCCAGUCCUUACUGGGAGGCCACUGGGGUUACUGGGGGCGGUGGCGCUGCCGCGUGCCGCCCCGCUGACGCCGACGGAUAUUUUGGCCGCGGGGCCAGAGGGCUCCGCAACGGCCAUGGCCCCCGGCGCAGAGCCGCCCCCGGAGAGAGACCCCUUCAGCUAUGACUAUGAGUCCCUGCGCGUGGGCGGUCUCAUCAUCGCCGCAGUGCUCUUCCUCCUCGGAGUGCUCCUCAUCCUCAGUCGUCGCUGCCGCUGCAAGUUCGACCAACAGCCAAAGACGGGAGAACCGGAUGAGGACGAAGGACCUCUGCGUCAAUCCAUGCGGCGGUUGUCCACCCGCAUGCGUUGAGGACCUCAUUGGAUCCCUCCAAACCGCCGAUUUCUUCUCCCUUCGGAUGACGGAAAGAGGGGGGCGGAAAAGAGGGUCCUCAACUUCAUGGAUGGACGUAAAGAUGGGGACCCACCACCCAUCUCGAGGCGUACAAUAAACGCUGUGACCACCGGCGCGGAGGGGGUGA